AUGGUGAGGUCUUCAGAAAUCGUGGGAAAGCUGAAUCUCAAGUCUCACCAAGAAGGUGGCUUUUUCUCCGAAACUUUCAGAGAUUCUUCUGUUUUCCUCUCCACCUCUCAGCUCCCUCCCACCUAUAAGGUGGAUAGAGGUGUGAGCACAAGUAUAUACUUCUUGCUUCCUUCUGGUAGCGUUUCUCGUCUUCAUCGCAUACCAAUGGCAGAAACCUGGCAUUUCUAUUUGGGCGAACCCAUUACAGUAGUGGAACUCUCCGAUGAUGGGGCGUUGAAGUUUACAUGUCUUGGUCCUGACCUGAUAGAAGGUGAUCAGAAGACUCAGUACACGGUCCCUCCGAACAUCUGGUUUGGUUCGUUUCCAACAAAGGAUGUUCAUUUCUCUCCUGAUGGGACGACUCUCCUUAAAGCCGAGGCUAGAGACUCUGAGAACCAUUUCUCUCUUGUCGGCUGCACCUGCGCUCCCGCUUUCCAGUUUGAGGACUUUGAGCUCGCGAAACGCUCUCACCUCUUAUCAAAGUUUCCUCAACACGAAUCACUCAUCACAAUGCUCUCUUAUCCAGAGUGA